AUCGCCACCGUCACCCGUCGGGGCAGCUGCAAUGAGUGGACUGCGCUCUCCCGGCUUGCUAGGGCUGGUACUCCUCAUGCUCUCGGCAGCAUAUUGCAAAGAGAAAACCGACUCCACAGAUUUGAAGGGCAGGCAAAGUCUCUUAAAUCUGAUCAUGGAGAUCAUUCAGGAACUGAAAAGGUACCACUUGGAGAAAGACAGUGGGGUGCAGUACUUCUCCAAACAUGACUACACCUUAGACAGAAGGGAAGUGGCGGACUAUGAGGGAUACCAGGAUGAGCAGAGAGUUGAAAUAGUUCCAAGGGAUUUGAGGAUGAAAGACAAGUUUUUAAAGCAUUUAACAGGUCCUCUCUACUUCAGCCCUAAAUGCAGUAAACACUUUCAUCGACUUUAUCACAACACAAGGGACUGCACCAUCCCAGCAUACUAUAAAAGAUGUGCCAGGCUUCUUACUCGGUUGGCAGUAAGCCCAAUGUGCAUGGAAGGAUAAGAUGUUAUUACCAUGAAAAGA